CUUCCAUCUUUCUUCGAACGCGACAAGCACGUGGCUCAGAUGCUCGCCCUCGUUCCUCUUCUCGCCGCUUCGGCGCAGGCAUUCUUCAUCCUCACCCAGCCCGUCUUGCUCACAACUCGACUGGACCCAAUCGUCAACCCUGGGGGGAUCUCCGGCCAUGUCCACUCUAUCGCGGGCGGCUCCAACUUCGACAAGUCCAUGACCAAUGCCACAUCUCAUGCGUCGACGUGUACCACAGCAUCCAUCACCGCCGACAAGUCUAAUUACUGGAUCCCUCAGCUUUACUACUACAACCCAAACACCACAGGUUUCCAGGCCAUCCCAGUGUCUGUUGUGAAUACAAACGAUGUUGUUCGCGCUUUCCCCGAUGGUCUGCGCAUGAUAUCGGGCAAUCCAUCCCGCCGCGGCUUCAAUGGUAACAACAUCGAAGACAAUGCCAUCAGCUUUGUCUGCCUCGACUAUGCCGGUGGACACCAAGGCGACCCGGAGUGGGCUCAAAGGAAUUCUUUCUUCAACCACAACUGCCCAAAUGGUAUGCGCGCUCAGAUCAACUUCCCUAACUGCUGGGAUGGAGUAAACCUUGACUCGCCCGACCACAAAUCGCACAUGGCAUGGCCGGCCAAUGGUGACAGUAAUGGUAACGGUGAUUGCCCGGCCAGCCACCCUGUCAAGGUCGUGGAGCUCUUCUACGAGUUCAUUUUCGACGUCCAGAACUUCCCCUUCAACGCCCCUGGCACUCCCACCUGGGUCUUCGCCAAUGGUGAUACGACGGGCUACGGUCUUCAUGCAGAUUUCCUGAACGGCUGGCCGACAUUGGUCAAUGGGUCCAACGUGCUCCAGCGGGCGAUCGACGAAUGCAACCAGGACAAUGGCGUCGGAGGCAAUCUCCAAGACUGCCCGCCUUUCGCUGGUCUGAUCAACAGUGCUCAGGCAGCAAGCUGCCACCCCCAGAACCUCCUUGUAUCCGAGGACGUCGGCUGGGGACAUGAGAUCCCCUUGCUACCCGGAAACAACCCCAUCUGGAUCGGCAACGGCACAAAGCCAUCGAGAGCCAACUACACCGAAGGCAACACCACUUACACCGACUUCAAGUCCAUCAUGCCCGCUGGGUGGAAGGCUGUGGGCUGCAUUGCCGAGUCGACGUCCGGACGUGCUCUCUCCGACUAUUCUUUCACCUCGCCCAACAUGACUCUUGCCAACUGCGCGACUGCUUGCGCUGCACGGGGCUAUCCCCUCGCCGGAGCUGAGUACGGUUCCGAGUGCUACUGCGACUACAAGAUGCAGAAUGGCGCAUCCAACACGACGCUGCUCACGGGCGACAAGUGUGGCAUGCAGUGUUCCGGUAACUCGUUCGAGAAUUGCGGCGGCUCGCGAACGCUGAGUCUAUCUGUGAACAACCUUGUUUUCCCCGACCCAGCCGACAACUCAACGACUUCGACGACUUCGGCGACUUCUGUUGCUUCAACCUCAACCUCUUCGGUGUCCACGACCACUGUGGCCACUGCAACCUCUUCGACUCCUUCGACCUCUUCGAACCCAGCCGUGUUUGCCGGUGUGGACGGCUGGUACAAGAAGACGCAGAACUGCGUGACAGACUCUGCUGGCAAGAGGGCGUUGACAGGCUUCUACAUUUCGAACAGUCAAAUGACUCCUGCUGCGUGCAUGUCGGCGUGCGGUGCUCGAGGUUACACCUUUGCUGGUACCGAGUGGUCAAGGGAGUGCUACUGUGGCUCAUCUGUCGACCCUUCGUCCAGUGAUGCGAACGCUACCGAUUGCAAUUUGCCCUGUACGGGCCAGUCGUCCGAAUCCUGCGGAGGCUCUGCUCGGAUGAACCUCUACUACUUCAACGCGACAGCCGUGACAGGGGUGUCCAACCUGCCGCAGAAGUGGACCGCCACAGGCUGCUGGAACAGCGGAGCUUCAAGCGGAAAGGCAUUCUCCGGUCCACUGAUCGCCAACGACACAAUGACGAACGACGUGUGUAUGCUUGAGUGCCAGAGCAGAGGCUACGCGCUUGCUGGCAUCGAAUACGGAAGAGAAUGCCGAUGCGCCCAGGCUUUUGCUCCAGGAUCCGUUCAGGCCGCCGCUACAGACUGCAAUUUUGCCUGCGCUGGCUCGCCGUUCCAGGUCUGUGGUGCUGGCUCACGCAUGACCACUUUCAAGUACACAGGUGCGCUGGUCGCACCUCCUUCUCCCAACAACACCAACAUCAAGGUCGCUGGCUGGACUGAUCGCGGCUGCUACUCCGAGGCCACUUCCGGCCGAGCCCUUACCCGCUACUCGUUCUCUGGAUCAGACAUGACUGUUCCAAAGUGUCUCGCGGCAUGCGGAGCGCGCGGCUGGAAAUAUGGCGGAGUUGAGUACGGCCAGGAAUGCUACUGCGGCGACACUUUUGCCAGCGGCGCGGCGCCCACUUCUACCGGCUGCUCGAUGGUUUGCGCCGGCGACAACAUGACUCUUUGUGGCGGAUCGAGCCAACUCAACGUGUUCGAAGCCACCGGCGCCGUCGCUUCAGCUCUUGAUGUCAAGGCUGCUACAACUUCCAAAGUUGCGACAACAUCCUCAGAGACUGCGACAACAUCCUCAAAGACUGCAACCACGACAACGACUCGAGCUUCCUCAACGUCCAGCAAGAGCACCUCUUCUUCCAGCUCUGUAGAGCCAGUAGUCGCAGCCGAUGCUUUUGCGGACUUGCAGGCCGCUACCACAUCAAAGGCUGCGACUACAACGAAAGCGGCGACCACGACCGCUCGUACUAUCACGACUACGACUCGCGCCACCACGUCGUCGACAACCCGAGCGUCUACCACUACUCUGUCAUGCCCAUCUAACGUACCAUUCACCAUAUCGGCCAACGGUGUUGCCGGAGCUCUCGUCAAUGCAUCUUCGAACUCGCUCAAUGUGUUCCAACUUGCCAGGUCCAACGUGACGCUGCCCCUUCGUCUGGACAGCUCCUGCAAUGUCAUUGCCACCGCAAGCGGAACGAGCAUGAUCGCUUCCACUUCAUCUCCCUACCAGAUCUCCUUCACGGGAUCGAGCCAAGCCUCCCAACGAGCCGUGUGCAAUAUCGUGCGUGCGACUCAGAAUGGAAGGAGUUUCCAGGAGCUGCAGUGCACAUUCGGUGCUGAUGCGGCAAGGAGCUUUGCCGCGGAUGGCCAGGGCUAUCUGUAUUCGAGGACUAGCGGUUCUAACACCGCUGUACGACUGGAGGUCACGUACCAGUCCGCCACGACAUCGAAUCCGCGGAUGAGGCGGCGUCAUUCUGGAAUUGCGUGAGCAGAUCACUGGGUUCGGAGUUACGGAGUUCUCUAAAGGAAGCGCAUUUGAAUCGGAUCAUGACUUGAACGAUAUUAGAAUAAAUAGAAUAAUGGCAGCAUGACGAACUGUUCAGACAAC